CGGUGUCACUCCUGGUCCGGGAAACAAGCACACAGUGGACAGGGCGCACGGUUGUCUCUGGCAGAGGACUGUCAAGCUGAGGCUGGUGACUGGCUGCAGUGGGGAGGGCUUGACUAAAGUGACCACUUAGCGCUCUGAGCCUCAGCUCUUGGCUUAUCUGGUUGGAAGCUGACUGUCCUGUUUCCUGUGACCUUGGGGUUGAAAGGGACAGGGCCCAGGGGACCUGGGGCACUGUCUCCUUUCCCCACUCCUUUUCCCUUAUGCUCCUCCCUCGUCGCCUCUUCCCCGCCCCUUAUUUCCCUAAACUGCUUCCUGCGCCGGAACUGUUUAGCUUUUUUCUGCCCCACUUGAGGGUGGGGGUAUUGUAGCCCUAGGCCUUGUGGCGGACAUGGAGCCCAGGGGGGUGGCACCUGGCGCACAUGGUUGGGGGCCUCGAGUGGCCGCGGGGUCGGGGACGGCCGCGGAACUCGUGUACCAUCUAGCGGGAGCCCUGGGCACUGAGUUGCAAGAGCUGGCGCGCCGUUUCGGGCCGGAGGCGGCGGCCGGGCUAGUGCCUCUCGUGGUACGAGCGCUGGAGCUCCUGGAAAAGGCCGCCGUGGGGCCCGCCCCGGAUUCGCUGCGGGUGGCGGUGCAGCAGGCUGAACUGGAGUUGCGGCGGCUGCGGGAAGAGAACGAGCACCUCCGCAGGGAGCUGCGCUUUGGACCACAGGAGGAGCGCGCGCUGCUGCGGCAGCUCAAGGAGGUGACAGACCGACAGCGGGACGAACUCCGGGCGCAUAACCGCGACCUGCUGCAGCGCAGCCAGGAGACCGAGGCGUUGCAGGAGCAGCUGCAGCGCCUCCUGCUGGUGAACGCAGAGUUGCGGCACAAGCUGGCCGCGGUGCAGACCCAGCUGCGCGUGGCGCAGGACCGCGAGAGGGAGCGCGAGCUGCCUCGCGAGGGCGCCCCCGAGCCGGCCAAAGAGCCGGCGACCGCCGGCGCCAGAUCCUCGGGGACUCCUGAGGACCCGGCAGAUACCCUGCAGCAGCCAGGGCGCCCCUCGCAGGCAGGGCAGUGCGGCUUCAGUCGCGAGGAGCUUGAGCAGAUCCUUCAGGAGCGGAAUGAGCUCAAAGCCAACGUGUUCCUGCUCAAAGAGGAACUGGCCUACUUCCAGAGGGAGCUGCUCACAGACCACCGGGUCCCCGGGCUUCUGCUGGAAGCCAUGAAAGUGGCUGUCAGGAAGCAGCGGAAGAAGAUCAAGGCCAAGAUGUUAGGGACACCAGAGGAAGCAGAGAGCAGUGAUGAUGAGGAUGGCUCAUGGCUCCUGCUCUCCAGUGACAAAGAAGACCACCCCGCACCCCCUGAGUCCAGAAUACAGAGUUUCUUUGGCCUGUGGUAUCGGGGUGAAGCAGAGGCCCCCAAAGCUGAUACCAGCAGUACUGCUCCCAGCAAGCUAGGGGGAGAAGAGAAGGCCCCACGGCCACCUCACAUGGAGCCCGUGGGCAGCCCUGUGACCCCCGACUCCUGACCAGCCUUGCUCUGCUCUCGAUGAACAUCUUUGUCUGGGAGACUCAGCUGCCCUAGACACCUGACUUUGGGGUCUUGCUGUGGAUGGAUAUGUGACCUCAAAUGAGGACAGGGCUCCUCCUCAAUCCCGGCCUGCUCCAGGGCAUGACGGGGAGCUCGGGUUACCUCCCUUCCCUACGUCCCUGCAACCAAGCCUCCGAGGCCAGAUAUGAAAGUGCUUCCUCCCUGAAUCUCGAUAGAGAACUGACUACCGACUUCCCAGGGUUUGUACAGAUGUACAAAUGUAAUAAAGCAACUGCCGA